CACCGCGCGCCAUGGGGAAGAAGGGUCGCGCGGCGCCGGGCCGCCGGCCCAUCCUGCAGCUCUCCCCGCCCGGGCCCCGCGCCGCCCGCGACGGGCCGGCCCCGCCCGACCUCAGCUCGGGCUCGGAAGCCGAUGAACUCGAGGUGGCUGGGGAGGUUCCCAGAACAGCUCCAAACCCACCCCAAAUGACUGCACCUGCUGGACCGGCAGCUGUCAAGCCAACAGGUGGCUUAUGUUUGCUCGGUGCAUACGCAGACAGUGAUGAUGAGGAGGGAGAGGCACCUGAGAAAUCAGUGCCGUCUACAGAUGCAAACGGCAACAGUUCAACAGACAUUGACAGCACGCUGGCAAACUUCCUGGCGGAGAUUGAUGCUAUUACAGCUCCGCCCCAGCCUGCUGGAUCCACUGGUGCCUCUGCCGCGCCCCCGCCGACUCCGCCGCGCCCAGAGCCCAAGGAGUCUGCCUCGAGCCAUCCCUCUGCUACGGCGAAUGGGACGGGCUCUGCCCAGCCGGCGGAGUGGCAGUAUGACACCCAGUGCUCGUUGGCAGGAGUGGGCGUGGAGAUGGGAGACUGGCAGGAGGUCUGGGAUGAGAACACUGGCUGCUACUAUUACUGGAACACGCGGACUAACGAGGUGACCUGGGAGCUGCCGCAGUACCUCGCCACCCAGGUCCAGGGGCUGCAGCGCUAUCAGCCCAGCUCUGUGGCAGGUGUUGAUGGGAGUUUCCUGGUGGCUGCAGACCUCUACCCUCAGGAGAAAGGGGUCACUGUUGCCAGCAUUAGCCGUGGGACCGUCCUACCCAAGCGAGAGGUGAAGAAGGAGGUGAAUGAAGGCGUCCAGGCCCUCUCGAGCAGCGAAGAGGAGAAGAAGGGGGUGGCGGCGUCCCUGCUGGCUCCGCUGGUCCCUGAGGUGGUGAAGGAGGAAGAGGAGCGCUGGAGGAGGAAGGUGAUCUGUAAGGAGGAGGUGGAGCCGGUGCCAGCGGAGGAGAUGGCCGCAGGGGAAGCGUCGGUGGCUGCUGACGAGCAGGACCCUUGCAUGGAUGCUCUGGAAGACCCUUCCCAGGAGGGUCUGUGCAGCGUGGUGCAGUCAGGGGAGAGCAGCGAGGAGGAGGAGGAGCAGGACACGCUGGAGUUGGAGAUGGUGUUGGAGAGGAAGAAGGCGGAGCUGCGAGCCUUGGAGGAGGGAGAUGGCAGUGUCUCGGGUUCCAGCCCGCUCUCAGACGGGAGCCAGUCAGCAUCUCUUGACACAGCGCCCAAGCCGGCCUCCGUGCAAGGGAAGUGGAAGCUUUUUGUUGGGGUUGCCAGCCCAGAGUCCACCAGCCGCAGCUCUAGCAAGACUGGCCGAGAGACUCCAGAAAUCAAGGAAGCAGCAGCGAGUGCAGAAGCAGCUGAGGAGGCAUCAGACAAAGAGCUGGAGCCGGAGGAGGUCCAGGACAAAGUGAAAGCGCAGGGAGCGCCCAAAGCAGAAGAGGAGGAGCAGGACCUAAAGUUUCAGAUCGGAGAGCUGGCAAAUACCCUGACUAGUAAGCUGGAGUUCCUGGGCAUCAACAGACAAUCCAUGUCCAACUUCCACAUGCUGCUGUUGCAGACCGAGACCCGGAUUGCAGACUGGCGCGAAGGAGCUCUCAAUGGAAACUACCUCAAACGCAAACUGCAAGAUGCAGCCGAACAGCUAAAACAGUAUGAAAUAAACGCCACCCCUAAAGGCUGGUCCUGCCACUGGGACAGGGACCAUAGGCGCUAUUUCUAUGUUAACGAGCAGACAGGAGAGUCCCAGUGGGAGUUCCCGGAUGGCGAGGAGGAAGAGGACGGGCAGGCCCCGGACAGUAAAGCUGAAGCUGUUCCCAAACCAGCUCCGAAGGAGAAAGCUGAGUCCGGUGGUGACUCCACGGUGGAGAACUCCACAGGUCCUCUCAGCAAAGAGCCCUUCUCCGGCCAAGUUCCUGCCACGUCCCUGGUGCCGCUCUCUCCAUUUUGGACUCUGCUUCAGUCUUCUGUCCCCGUGCUCCAACCCCCUCUUCCUCUGGAGGUGCCACCGCCUCCCCCACCUCCGCCAGAGUCACCACCUCCACCACCGCCGCCGCCACCGCCUCCUGGGGAGGACGGAGAGAUCCAGGAGGUGGAGAUGGAGGAUGAGGAAAGCGAGGAACCACCAGCCCCAGGAACAGAGGAAGAUGCUCCUCUGAAACCGCUUUUCCGCCCAGCUGUCACCAGCAGCCAGAGUAACUCCGAAGGCAGCGCCUCCGCCGCCCUCACCGCUAAACCGCAGAAGAGGAAAGCUGGUGAGAUGAGCACGGGGCUGGUGCAGCGAGCAGCGACCAUCGGCAGCUGUCCCGUUCUCUACAGCCAGCCCGUCAUGGCAGCCAGCCCUCAGCCCAUGGGACUGAGUCUCCAACCGAGUUACCUAGGGGUGACCGCGCCAGCCAUCAUGAGCUAUUCGGAGUGUGCCGUGCCCACUGGGCUCGCGGCCACCAUGGCGCAGCCAGCCCCUGCACGAGGAGCCCUGCCUGCCAAGGGGGCCACAGAGCAGCCGCCUCCCCCUCCUCCGCCGCAGCCGCCACCGCCGCCUCCCCCAACCACCAAAGCACCGCCUCCCGAAAAACCUCGCAAGGGGAGGAGGGACAAGGGCAAGAAGGGGAAAGCGAAGAUGCCGUCGCUGGUGAAGAAGUGGCAGAGUAUCCAGCGGGAGCUGGACGAGGAAGAGAACUCCAGCUCCAGCGAGGAGGACCGGGAGCUCACCUCUCAGAAGCGCAUCGAGGAGUGGAAGCAGCAGCAGCUAGUGAGUGGCAUGGCGGAGAGGAACGCCAAUUUCGAGGCCCUGCCGGAGGACUGGCGAGCACGGCUCAAGCGGAGGAAAACCACUUCGAGCACAUGAGGCAUCGGCACUGUUUGUUUUUGUUUUUUUUCCUUUUUUUUUUUCUUUUCUACCAUGUGUACAGUUUAGGGCCUCUUACCGAUACAACUGUUGUCAAUAAAUUGUAACCGUUUGGGGCAUCCCGUUUCAGUUGAAUGGGCUGAUGCAGCGAUCCCCCAGGCUGGGACCUCUCCAGGCUGGGAGCCGGGAUGUGAAAGGCCUGUUAGGUAAUGGGCGGCCUUGACUGGCCUUGUGCUCGCCGUUCGGCUCCUCCUGGCACAGUGGGGGCACUGGGCAUGAAUAGUCCGUUUUGGGGUUGGGCUCUGGCAGUGACUGCACCAGGUAGACCUGCCCCCCGCACCACGCUUGGCCUGGCUGGUAGAGCCGAGUCGAGCUCAGAACCCUGUCCUUCCCCUUGCGGUUUAAGGAGAAGGCGGCUCUUCCUUGGCUUUCAGACCUCGCUCUCUCGGACGCCUCCUGGCAUUGCCAUUCCCACCAUCUCUGGCCCGAAGGUGCUGGAGCUCUGUCCUGCGCCGAGUAGGAACCCACGUGUGCACUUCCUCCGUCAGAGCCAGCCAGUGGCCCAGAUGAGCCCUUCGCUCGAUUCCAGGGCUGUCUGUGCAGGCCCUAGUGCAGA